UAUAAUUGUGAAUAGAUUCUGUUCAUUUGGUUAAAUAUAUGUUAGGAAGGAAUAGAGUUGGGUUUAACGAAGUUAACUUUUAUUGAGUACAGCAUUCUGCAUAGUUUUCCGGUGACGCGUUGACAAUGCUGACUGUAGGUUUCAAUUUUAUCACGUUCCCUUUUAUGUAUGAUGCAAAUCUUAUUUUUACACGAUCUAAAAGAACGCACAUACAGUAAAGGUGAUGAUUGUUUUACAGAUAUAGGUGUAAUAUACAUCUGAAUACAGUUAGGAAGGUGUUAGAACUACGUCGAGUGAAUUGUAAUGAAUAUCUGUUAGUUCGCAAAUUUUUAGAAAUCUGUGAGAUGUUGCUAUAAUGCUUGAAUUAGUAUGCGAACACAUGUUUCCUAGAAAUGGCCCAGCUUUACUUCCGAAUAAAUUCUACUUUCCUUGCUCCGAUUUCUACAUUUUUGAAAGUUCAAUUUACCAAGAAGCUGUCAUUAGUUACGAUUUUGACCUAAAUAGAGUAGUCUUGUCCUUCCAGUAAUUUCAAUUAAUACUGCAAUUCUAUACCUGUUUUUUAUAUAAAUAUUUAGAUUUAUAUUUGUUUUUCUAGCUUGAAUAAAAGCAAAAUAUCUUAUAAAACAGAUAUUUUAAUGCCAUCUACAGAUACCAACACAGUUGUAUGCAUAAACUUGUAUUUUGAAAAGACCGCCAUUAAAGAUUUUUAAAAUUCUACCGCAGCGCCAUCUAUACAAAAACGGCGGAAACUACUCAACAAGUUACCAACUGACUUGCCGACUAGUUUCCGUCAUUUUCGUAUAGAUGGCACUAUAGAAUUUUGAAAAUAUUUAAUUUGUAGCGAUCUUUUUAAAAUAUAAUUAUUUCUUUUUAUGAGCAAUUUAAUUUUGCAAUUAAUUGAUAAUUAAUCUGUUAUUAAUCUGUUAUUACUGUCAACUUGUGUUAGACUUUUGUAGUACGAAGUGUUUGAAUCUGUAAGUAGUGGUAGUAAUUGCUUAACGCGUCUUGACGCGUCUUAAACAUGGCAAAUCGCACAGUAAAAGAUGCGAAAUCUAUUCGAGGUACAAAUCCUCAAUACCUAGUAGAGAAAAUAAUUAGAUCCCGAGUAUAUGAUUCUAAGUAUUGGAAGGAAGAAUGUUUUGCCUUGACUGCAGAACUUUUAGUCGACAAAGCUAUGGAAUUAAGGUUCAUAGGCGGUGUAUACGGAGGAAAUGUAAAGCCCACACCAUUCCUUUGCCUCAUAUUAAAAAUGCUGCAAAUACAACCUGAGAAAGACAUUAUAGUAGAAUUUAUAAAAAAUGAAGAAUUUAAAUAUGUUCGUGCUCUUGGUGCAUUAUACAUGAGAUUAACAGGAUCAUCUCUAGACUGCUAUAAAUAUUUAGAACCAUUGUUCAAUGACAACAGAAAAUUGAGGAGACAAAAUAAGGAAGGUAAAUUUGAAUUGAUUCACAUGGAUGAAUUUAUAGAUGAUCUUCUAAGGGAAGAAAGGUGCUGCGAUGUUAUUUUACCAAGAAUACAGAAGAGACAUGUUCUUGAAGAAAAUAAUGAACUAGAGGCCAAAGUGUCGGCGUUAGAAGAUGACAUGGAUGAAGGAAUAGAAUCUUCAGAGGAUGAAGAUGUACCUCCAGUUAAAGAAGAUACGCGAAAGAGAACGGACGAUCACGACAGAGAUAGAGAUCGUCACAGGGAUAGGGACAAGAGACACUCGCGUUCUGAUAAGAAAUCUGAUAGAGAAAAACAAAGAUCGAGAAGCAGAGACAGGGAUAGAGACAGAGAUAGACGAGAACGUAAACGGAGUAAGUCGCCAAAAAGUUAUUCCUCGUCGCAUAAAGAUAAAGACAGAGAUAAGGACCGACAUAGAAGAGACGACAGGGAUAGAGACAGAGAUCGAGAUCGAGAUCGAAGACGAGAACGCGACAGAGCUAGACACUGAACACUGCAAUUUAACAAACUAUGUACAGAAGGUAAAUAUUAACUUUUAUAAUUAUCAGGUGAAUAAAAAAUGUAUAGUGGUACAAGUCUUGAAUUUUUUUUUAUUGUGUGUACCGCGUGUCGAUCAUAACAGCAGUGUAUAACAUUUACAGAGAAUAGUUUCAUAUUAAAAUUAUAGCAUUUAUCAAUAAAAACGCUACACAGUAGCUCAUAAUACCCGUACGUUACAUGUAAGUGAUAAUAUUUCUUUCGCUAACAUUAUAUUAUACGUUCCUUCUUGAACCAUUUUUUAUUUUCAGUUUAACAGGAUUAUGAAAUGGCCGCUGUUUUUAUGGUUAUAUACAAAACAUUAAAAAAAAAUUUAUCACUGUUACUGUUGAAGAAUUAUUUUCGAGAUGCGAUAUAUUUUUUAAAUAAUACAAACAGAUAUUUUUUAAUGUCUUUUUCAACGAUACAGUGAUAAAUUUUCUCAAGCACCAUAUAAUAAAAUAAGUAGGGAAUAUCAUAGCCUGCCUAUAAAUGUAAUCCACAUGAUUACACGUAUAAUGUCUUUAAAUAUAUACAUUUUCACAUA